ACACUCGAAGCUUUUUCUCAUUUGUAUCUUUGGCCCUUUUAUGUCCUGCAGCACAUAUAUAUAAGACUAGUCUACAUACUCCAUUUGUUACACCAGCUUUGUCAUCAGUUUUUUUUUUUUGCUUUUCUCUCAUCUCCCGUUUCCAUUCUCUUUUUGGUCUCUUUCUUCGUCUUUUCAAAUGCCGGAAAACAUGAGCAUAUCUGUAAAUGGACAAUCCCAAGUCCCUCCCGGAUUCCGAUUUCAUCCCACAGAAGAGGAGCUCUUGCAGUACUAUCUGAGGAAGAAGGUUUCCUAUGAGAAGAUCGAUUUAGAUGUAAUUCGUGAUGUUGAUCUUAAUAAGCUCGAGCCCUGGGAUAUUCAAGAGAGGUGCAAAAUUGGAACCACUCCUCAGAAUGAUUGGUACUUUUUUAGCCAUAAAGACAAGAAGUACCCCACUGGGACCCGCACGAACCGAGCCACGGCAGCCGGGUUCUGGAAGGCGACCGGCCGUGACAAGGUGAUAUAUAGCAACUGCAGGCGGAUCGGAAUGAGGAAGACUUUGGUGUUUUAUAAAGGGCGAGCCCCUCAUGGCCAAAAAUCGGAUUGGAUCAUGCAUGAAUACAGACUAGACGAUAACAUCGUUGAAGCCAAUGUCUCCAAUGCUAUGGGGGAGGGGACACAAGAAGAGGGAUGGGUGGUAUGUCGUAUCUUCAAGAAGAAAAAUCACCACAAAACCCUAGACAGCCCUGUUAGCUCAUCUCUCACUGCAGAAACCAGGAACCUUAUGUUCAGUUCGAGCAAUGAAGGAGCCUUGGAGCAGAUACUUGAAUACAUGGGAAGGAAUUGCAAAGAAGACAGUGAAGCAAACAACAAUACGAGAUUCCUCAGGCCCAUCGAGACAGCCAUUAGCAGUGGCUACCCUGACUCAUUUAUGAAACUCCCAAGCCUAGAGAGCCCAAACUCCACAAGCAGCCAAAAUUGUUACCAACCCAUGAUAACGGGAAAUGAAGGUUCAAUCACCAACCAGUUGAGUGGAGAUCCCAACUCGGUUUAUCACAAUGACUCAGGGCUCACCAACUGGGCAGCACUUGACCGGCUUGUAGCCUCUCAGCUCAAUGGCCAAACAGAGACCUCCAGGCAGUUAGCCUGCUUCAAUGACCACAACAUGGCCUAUUGCAGCGCCACUGAUCAUCACGAUCUCCAAUUACCAGCCCUUCGAUCAUCAUCGAUAUCCUCCAGCAGGUCUUACCAUGGAACUCAUCAGGAUUAUAACAGCGAAAUAGACCUAUGGAGUUUCACCAGAUCAUCGUCAUCAUCCUUGUCAUCAUCCGAUCCCCUAUGCCACGUGGUGAAUGCUAGUGUAUAACAGAAUAACCCUAUAUAUAAUCAUACCUUAGUUCUUAAAGUCAGAAGGUUAUUAUUACAUCAGUUAUUUUGAUGAAUAUAUAAAUCAUAUAUGAUAUAAAUAAAGUGACAUUUUAUAA